ACAGAAUUGUUCCAUAUAUUUGUCGGUGAUUUAAGCCCUGACGCGGAGACCAACCAGUUAAGAGAAGCCUUCGCUCCUUUUGGACAAAUAUCGGACUGCAAGAUCAUUCGAGAUCCACAGACCUCAAAAUCCAGAGGAUACGGCUUCGUCAGUUUUUUCAGAAAAGAAGACGCAGAAAACGCCAUCAGCAAAAUGAACGGACAGAAAGUUGGAAGCAGACCCAUAAGGACCAACUGGGCGGUCCGCAAGCCUGCAUCCGCUGCUCAAAAAGAAGCAAAUACGAAGCCACUGACGUACGAUGAGGUCUUCUGUCAGACGAGUUCAACAAACUGCACAGUCUACUGCGGUGGGAUCACUGCAGGAUUAUCUGAGGAACUCUUACAUGAAGCAUUCAAUUCCUUCGGCACUAUCCAAGAGAUCAGAGUGUUCAAAGACAAGGGAUACGCAUUCAUAAGAUUUUGUUCCAAGUCAACGGCGGCCCAGGCGAUAGUGAGUAUGAACGGCGCGGAGAUCAACGGCUACACAAUAAAAUGUUCCUGGGGCAAGGAGACACCGACUUCGAAU